AUUUUCUUACAGUUUCAUGGGGGAUCUUCUUAGCUCUCACUAAUGGGGUAGACUUUGCCUGCUCCAAAGACUUUUUAUUAUUACUAUUAUUUUUUUUUUUUUUUUUUGGGGGGGGGGGGUUGCUUUUUAAGCUUAUAGUGUUUCUUCUUCAGUGUUUUAAUGGCUCAACCAGAAGGUAUUCCAAGGGAAACAGGUUUGGGUGUUGAUGAUCUGUAUCCAGAACUAUGGAAAUUAUGUGCAGGCCCUUUAGUGGAGAUUCCUCAUGUUCAAGAAAGAGUCUUUUAUUUCCCUCAGGGUCACAUUGAACAAUUAGAAGCAUCAACUAAUCAAGAACUUAACUAUGAAGCCCCACUGUUUAAUCUUUCUUCAAAGAUUCUAUGUCGUGUUCUUCAUGUCCAGUUACUGGCUGAACAAGAAACAGAUGAGGUUUAUGCACAAAUCACUUUACAGCCUGAACCAGAUCAAAGUGAACUGACGAGUCCGGAUCCAUUCCCGACCGAGGUUCCGGAGAGGGAAGUUCAUUCCUUUUGUAAGAUUUUAACUGCGUCAGAUACAAGUACUCAUGGAGGGUUUUCCGUUCUACGGAAACAUGCCACCGAGUGCUUGCCUCCAUUGGAUAUGAAUCAAGCUACCCCGACACAGGAAUUAACCGCGAAAGAUCUUCACGGAUAUGAGUGGCGGUUUAAGCAUAUAUUUAGAGGACAACCUCGGAGACAUUUACUUACGACGGGGUGGAGCACGUUUGUGACUUCGAAAAGAUUGGUUGCGGGAGAUGCAUUCGUGUUUCUAAGAGGUGAUAACGGAGAAUUAAGAGUUGGGGUUCGCCGGCUCGGUAAUCAACAAAGCACAAUGCCUUCGUCGGUCAUAUCUAGCCAAAACAUGCAUUUAGGAGUGCUCGCUACUGCUGCUCAUGCCGUUAUGACUCAGACCCUCUUUGUUGUGUACUACAAGCCGAGGACGAGCCAAUUCAUAAUAGGAGUAAGUAAGUAUCUCGAAGCUAUUAACAACAGAUCCUCCGUUGGUAUGCGUUUCAAGAUGAGAUUCGAGGGCGAAGAUUCCCCUGAGAGAAGGUUCACUGGUACCAUAGUCGGGGUUGGAGAUGCUUCCCCACAUUGGUCAGAAUCUAAAUGGCGGUCCUUGAAGAUUCAAUGGGAUGAACCUGCAAUGAUACAAAGGCCAGAACGAGUUUCCCCUUGGGAAAUAGAGCCAUUUUCGGCUUCUGCUUCUAUAAACCUCAUACAACCAGCUGUAAAGAGCAAAAGACCACGACCGGUUUAUAUUCUAGCUUCUGAUACGACUACAAAUUCAACCGGUUCAGCCUUUUGGUGUCACGGGUCAACCAAAUCACAUGAACUAGCUCGAGCAGGAAGCAUAGCUGAAGUCCAAAGCAGUGAAAGCAGCCAAGUUGUUUGGCCUAUGAGACAGAAUGAAGCCGAUGCAGGUUAUAACACGAGGGCUCGGCUUGAAAAUGCUUGGCCACCUUCCUCUCUUGUGAACGUCUCUCUAAACUUUUUCCGCAAUCCAGCGGAUGCCUCUCCUGUUGAAUUGAGGACAAGCAAUGACGUUAUGCGCGACCAAGUUGAAAAAGGAAAGAAACUCGAGAUUUCUACAGGCUGCCGUUUGUUCGGGUUCAAUUUGACAAAUAGUAAUAGUGCAGUCAGUGGAACCGUUAUAGCUCCGUCCCAUAUUGAUGAAAAUCCCGAAACUUUUCAGUCACCAAAGCAGCAAAAGCAAAAUGCAUCAGAGACAUCAACCAAGGAGAUAAAGGCUAAGCACGGUACCACUUCUUCUAUGAGAACUCGUACUAAGGUUCAAAUGCAAGGGAUUGCCGUCGGUCGUGCUAUUGACUUAACCGUAUUAAAAGGAUACGAUGACCUCAUAAAUGAGCUAGAGAAAAUGUUCGAUAUUGAGGGAGAGCUUCGUCACCGUACUAAAUGGUCUGUCGUUUUCACUGACAAUGAAGGUGAUAUGAUGCUUGUGGGCGACGAUCCUUGGGUGGGAUUUUGUAAGAUGGUGAGAAAGAUAUUCAUAUAUUCGGUCGACGAGGUGAAGAAGAUUAACGGGAGAUGCAAAUUUCAAGCCUCGUCUUUAGAAGGCGAAGGCACUGUUGUAAGCUUGGGUUUAGAGCAUAGGUCCGGAACAUGAAAAGCUCGAAACUUGAAACACCAUCUUUAUAUAUUUGGUCUUAUUUUUGCUUUCGAAA